AUGGACCACCUCAAGAACGUGUUCGCUCAAUGCCAGCAGGAGGGCCGUCCGGCUCUGGUCACCUAUGUGACCGCCGGUUUCCCUACCGCGGAGGAAACCCCGGACAUCAUGCUGGGCAUGCAGGCCGGCGGCGCUGAUAUCAUUGAACUCGGCCUGCCCUUUACCGAUCCUAUCGCCGACGGUCCUACCAUCCAAAAAUCGAACCUGAAGGCCCUGCAGAAUGGCGUCACUAUCACCUCCAUGUUGGAGAUGGUGCGGACGGCGCGACAGAAGGGGCUGACCACUCCGGUCUUGUUCAUGGGCUACUAUAACCCCAUUCUCCGUUACGGACAGUCACAGCUGCUUGCGGACUGUCUCGAGGCCGGUGUCAAUGGCUUCAUUAUCGUCGACCUGCCGCCCGAGGAAGCUGUGCGCUUCCGCAAUGGCUGCACCAAGACUGGUCUCUCCUACGUCCCCCUGAUCGCCCCCUCUACCACCGAAGACCGUAUGAAGUCCCUCUGCCAGAUUGCCGACUCCUUCAUCUAUCUCGUCUCGCGAAUGGGUGUCACGGGCGCCACGGGCACUCUUAACUCUGACCUGCCCGCCCUCAUCCAGCGAGUCAAGGAGCUUUCUGGCAAUGUGCCAGUUGCCGUCGGAUUUGGUAUCAGCACACGCGAACAUUUCCUGAGUGUCACCUCUAUCGCCGAUGGCGCCGUCAUCGGUAGCCAGGUUAUCACAGUCCUUGGAGACGCCCCUGCCGGACAGGCCGCCCGGGCCGUGGAGGAGUAUUGCUUUAACAUCACCCAGCGAAAGGGUCGCGUCGGCGAGCCCUUGGCUUCCACGCCGAGCCAGAAGCAGAACGUUGCCACCCAAUCUACGGCCGACGACGAGACUGCGACGACGGAGGGAUCUGGAAAAUUCGGUAUUUUCGGUGGACAGUAUGCCCCAGAGGCGCUCACUACUUGUUUGGCCGAACUAGAUGCUGGGUUUGAGGCCGCGAGGAACGAUCCCGCUUUCUGGGAGGAAUACAAGUCCUACUAUCCCUUUAUGGGCCGCCCCUCCAGCCUGCACCAGGCCCAGCGACUCUCCGAGUACGCCGGUGGCGCGAACAUCUGGCUGAAGCGCGAGGAUCUCAACCACACCGGUUCUCACAAGAUCAACAACGCCCUGGGCCAGAUCCUGGUGGCACGUCGCCUAGGAAAGACGGAGAUCAUUGCCGAGACUGGCGCCGGUCAGCACGGUGUGGCUACGGCGACGGUCUGUGCUAAGUUCGGUAUGAAGUGCACGAUCUAUAUGGGAGCAGAGGAUGUCCGCCGUCAAGCGUUGAACGUCUUCCGUAUCCGUCUUUUGGGAGCCACUGUGGUCCCUGUCGAAGCCGGUUCGCGCACCCUCCGUGACGCCGUGAAUGAAGCCUUCCGGGCAUGGAUCACCCGCUUGGACACCACGCAUUAUAUCAUUGGAUCUGCGAUUGGCCCUCAUCCCUUCCCGACUAUGGUGCGUACCUUCCAGAGUGUAAUUGGAGAGGAAACAAAGGCCCAGAUGGCCGAGCUCGGCAAGAGCCCGGAUGCCGUCGUUGCCUGUGUCGGUGGUGGCUCUAACGCCGUCGGCAUGUUCUACCCCUUCUCUAAGGUCCCUUCGGUUGAGCUCGUCGGUGUGGAAGCCGCUGGUGACGGUUUGGACACUACCCGCCACUCGGCGACCCUGAGUCGCGGCUCCGUCGGCGUGCUGCACGGUGUGCGAACCUAUGUCCUGCAGGACCAGCAUGGCCAGAUUUCCGACACCCACUCUGUCUCGGCUGGUCUCGAUUACCCUGGUGUCGGUCCGGAGCUCGCGGGCUGGAAGGAGAGCAACCGCGCAAGCUUCUUGUCGGCCACUGAUGCCCAGGCCCUGGAGGGCUUCCGACUGCUGAGCCAGUUGGAAGGUAUCAUCCCCGCCCUGGAGACCUCCCACGCCGUCUGGGGUGCCAUCCAGACCGCAAAGAGGCUGGGACCCGGCAAGGAUAUCGUCCUGUGCUUGAGUGGCCGUGGUGACAAGGACGUGCAGAGCGUCGCCGAUGAGCUGCCCAAGCUCGGCCCUCAGAUUGGCUGGGAUCUGCGGUUCUAA